AUGAUAGCCGCUUAUUCCAAACUGACAGAAGAAAAUUGGCAUCCAUCCAGCCUUCUUGCAUAUAACGCACUUCUGGGUCACCAGGACUUUGACUCGAUAAUAUCUGAUGCGAAGCCCACUGUUGAUAUCAGAACCGAUUCCUACGACCGCAGUCUGACGAGUCGCAGCUGCUUAUGCAUCAUUGCAGUUAUCGCCACUUUAGCGACACGCGGGAUCUUGGGUGUAACCAAAGUGCUCCACCUGGGCGAUACUGAGUUUAAUCCAUUCCCGAUGCAGGGGGAGACAUUUACCCUGAUAUUUAACGUCACAUUAUGUACCGAGUCCAUAAGCUUCGUACACAACAUCUCAUUCUCUGCGCUAGCCUCAGAGUCUCGGCUUCGUUUCAGCACCAAUCUGCGCCUUCUGACCGCAGCUCGCGGAUGGUAUAAACCCAGCAGUGCCCUGCUCAAUGGUAUCUCGGCUGUCCUCAUCAUCAUAUCCUACAGCUCGCCCUCACUCAUCAUAUGGCCGGACUAUCAACCGACAUCAGAAAGUGUUGCCAUCACAGGGUUUCCUCUCCUCAUUUUGGGCGUCGCACUUCUCCUCCAGGUAAUAAUUGCAUUGUCAGGGAUGCGGGCUGCCAAAAUCUUGACGUGGAGCUCCUCACCAUUCGACUUGACCGCCGCACUGGUCCACCACACGCAAUUGACUCCUGCUGCUUCCUGGUGCAUGCGUCGGGUGUCUGACCUAGACGAAGGUCCAGCGAAGCCACCAGAAAUACAGCCCUCUGCGUGGCAUGCUCACCCUAGCAUCCGGAAAGUUGUCAUUUCUCUUUGGAUCAUUGUUGCAGCAUACGCUGGAUGGGCUGCACUCGUCAUUAUCAACUUGAAUCUUGAGGCCGAGGUGUGGAUUCUCCUCUUUGCCAACGUUGCAGUCAUCCAGGGACCGUUGACGCUUGGGCUGCAUUGCUCGGAGCUCAUCGAGAAUCCUUUCCUGCACUGGAUGUUUGGGCUUUCAUUCGCCAUAUCUGACUACGCCUAUGGUGGGAAACUGCAACAUUUGGCGAUAUUCAUGUUUCCUGCCCAGACGCUCGCCAACCUCGUGGAUGAGCGGUCGCCUGUGAUGUGGUGGGGACACAAGGAGGAUGGGACAAGCGAUCACCCGCUGCCUGAUGUGAAGAUGGACUGCGUUUAUGCCGGUUCCGGUGCUGGGUCUAUGGUACCCUUCUCGUGA